AUGACCGAGGCACCAAAGAAGAUUCUGCCCGUCGAGGGCGAGCGCAAUGUGCUCAUUACUAGCGCUCUUCCAUACGUAAACAAUGUUCCGCAUUUGGGCAACAUUGUCGGAUCCGUACUUUCCGCCGACGUCUUCGCCCGUUUCUCACGCGCACGAGGAUACAACACACUAUACAUUUGCGGUACAGACGAGUAUGGAACGGCCACAGAGACCAAGGCAAUUGAAGAGAAGGUAACUCCCAAGGAGCUUUGCGACAAGUACUAUGCGCUUCAUAGCGAGGUCUACAAGUGGUUCAACAUUUCGUUUGAUCACUUCGGACGUACACCUACACAGCAGCAGACUGAUAUCGCACAAGACAUCUUCACAAAGCUGUACAAGAAUGGCUAUCUCGAGGAGCAAACAACAACACAACCUUACUGUGAAACACACAAGAGCUUUCUUGCUGAUCGAUUCGUCGAGGGAACAUGUCCGCUGUGCGCCUACGAUGAUGCGCGAGGCGAUCAAUGCGACAAGUGCGGACAUCUCCUUGACCCCUUGGAGCUGAAGAACCCUCGGUGUAAGCUCGAUGGCGCAACACCAGUUCCGCGCGAGACCAAGCACGUGUAUCUCUGUCUAGAUAAGCUACAGCCGCUAGAAGAGGAGUGGUUCAAGAAGGCAAGCAAAGAGGGCAAUUGGAGCUCCAAUGGUGUUCAAAUUACUUCCUCCUGGCUCAAAGAAGGUCUGCGACCACGCGGUAUCACGCGAGACUUGAAGUGGGGUACUGCAGUGCCUCUUGAGGGCUAUGAGGACAAGGUCAUGUACGUGUGGUUCGAUGCGUGUAUAGGCUACGUCUCGAUUACAGCAACCUACACAGAGGACUGGAAGCAGUGGUGGCAUAACCCCGAGCAAGUCAAGCUCUACCAGUUCAUGGGCAAGGACAACGUGCCAUUCCACACUGUUGUCUUCCCUUGCUCGCAAAUUGGUACCAAGGACAAGUGGACUAUGCUCAACACUAUCUCAACAACGGAGUAUCUGAACUACGAGAAGGGCAAGUUCUCCAAGUCAAGAAACAUUGGUGUAUUUGGCAACAAUGCUAAGGAGACGGGCAUCCCAUCUGAUGUGUGGCGCUACUAUCUCCUCUCGCAUCGCCCGGAAACUGGAGAUACUGAAUUCGAAUGGGACGGCUUCAUUGCGGCAAACAACAACGAACUACUCAAGAACCUUGGCAACUUCAUCAAUCGCGUCAUCAAGUUCGUCAACAACGCAAAGAUCUACGAUUCGGUUGUGCCUGAUUACACCAAGUUUGACGACCCCUAUUUUACCGAGCACAAGAAGAAGGUUAACGACUUGCUCAAGACGUACAUUGCAGAGCUGGAAGAUGUCAAGAUCCGUGCUGGUCUUGCUACUGCGUUACACGUCUCAAGCUUGGGUAACUUGCUUCUGCAAGAUAACCGCCUAGACAACAAGUUGGCCACUGAGCAGCCAGAUCGAUGCGCCGCUGUUGUCGGACUUGCGCUAAGCCAGAUCCAUCUCCUUGCCAGUCUGAUUCAACCUUAUAUGCCUGACACUACUACAGCCAUCCUCUCGCAACUGAACGCAGAAUUCCUUAUCAUCCCAGACAACUGGGAGGCACGUUCGCUGCCCGUUGGCCACAAGAUCGGUACUGCCGGUUACCUCUUCACCCAAAUCAAGCCCGAAAAGGAGCAAGAGUGGCGAGAGCAGUUCGGAGGUGAGGAGGCCCGUAAAGCAAAGGAAGAAAAGGCCAAGAAGGCGGCGGCUAAGAAGGCCGAGAAGGAGCGCAAGAAGGCAAAGAAGGCCGCUGGUGGUGUAGAGGCUGCUGAGAAGGGACAGGAUGGGCCUGCAGCGAAGACGGCAGAAGAGGAAGUAUCGAGGGGUGUAGAGCAAGUCAGCCUUCAGACGUCUUAG